CUUUGAGUCCACGAGAGAAAAAUGUGGUGAGGAGUUCAGAGAGAGUGGGAGAGGAGGUCCGACCGGAGGUGUUCAGGACUCAGAGAGACGGAGGAACCCGCCAGUCCACAGCCAUGACAUCGGAACUCCGGUGAGCCGCUGCGUCACGGUGACCGACAGGAGAGGCCGACAGGUGGUCGUCAGCAGCUGCUCCAGAGCUCUGAGCGCGUUUCCUCCCGAGCUCGCCAUGCCGAUCGACAUGGCGUUACCCCUGUACCUGUCCAAAGAGGAGUUUGUCUACAGGACGUCUCCCAAAACACACAAACCUGCUCUGAGCUCCUGCCUGAGGUUUGAGCGCUCGCUCUGCGUGGAUCAAGCCGAGGAUGCCAAGUCCUCCAGGAAGGACUCGAGAAGAGCCAAGAAGCAGGUGACGUUUGCUGACCAGAGAGGUCUUCCUCUAACCAAAGUGAAGAUCUUCUCCGAGUUCAGCGAUCCCAUCGACAUCCCUCUGAACAUCCAGGAGAUGCUCAGCUCGGCUCUCAGUGCGACAGCUGAGGAGGACAAACUGGUGCUGGACUUCGACCAGCCGUCCUCAGACUACCUGCGUUUCCGUCAGAGCCUGGACAGGAGCUUGGUCUGUCUGGAGCACUGCGUGUUGAAGGAAAAGGCUCUAGAAGGAACCGUCAAAGUCAGAAACGUGUCCUUUGAGAAGCGUGUGAAGCUGCGGGUGACCUUUGACACCUGGAAGAGCCACACGGACGUAGACUGCGUGUACGUGAAGGACACGUAUCCCAGCUCGUACAGCGACACGUUCUCCUUCCGCGUGUCUCUGCCCGGCGAGCUGAGGCCUCAUGAGCAUGUCGAGUUCGCCGUCCGCUACGAGGUGGACGGGGGUGAGUACUGGGACAGCAACCAGGGGAACAACUACAGGAUUGUCUGGUCAUCCAUGAAGAGCAGCCGCCACACAGACUCCUUUGACUUUGGGAUUCAUUUCGACAGGUACGGCAGCCCCACCUGUUCACACGGGAUCCUCCCCGACUGGCCGAGUUACGCAGGAUACGAGAACACGGGACCGUACUACUGAACCGCAAGCCGACGUCUGGGCUGUCCGAGCUGCGAGGAGAGCAGAGCUUGUCCUGAUGCACAUGUGGGUCAGCUCAGAUGGUCUCACCUGGGCUCACCUGGGCUCACCUGGGCUCACCUGUACACAUGGGCAAGACGGCCGCCAGGCCAGAGGCCACCUCAGCCGACAAAACAUUUUUCAGCCAUCUUUAUGACAUCAAAACCAGAUAUUUUUAACCAGACGUCAGGAGAUUUUCUAGCCGUUGGUGGGGACAAAAUACAUUUUACAAGUUUUUAGUACCUAAAUAGACCCAAAGCACAGUGACGUCACAGCAUAAAACUGAACCCUUUGAACGUGUUGUGGUUUGCAGAAAAGUCCUGAGCCAACAUCUGCUCUGUCCUGUCAUCCUGCCAUUAUACAUGAUUGAUUCUGAUCGUUUUGUUCUAUUGAUUCUCAAUUAACAAAUCAGUUGUUUGAUCUUUAGAAUGUUAGAAAAAAGUGGACAAUGUCCAGCAGCUGUCCAACAGUCCAAAAUGGAUGCAUUUUAUUGUGACAGAAGAACCAGGAAGUCCACUGUGGACAAACUGGAACCAGAAUAAAUUGAGGAAAGAAUUAAACGUUAUUGAUUAGCUGCAGGUUGACUUCCUGGCAGCUGACUGGUUGUUGGAGCUCUGCUGAGUGAUGGUUUAAUCCUGCAGCUCUCACGCUGGUUAUUUCCAAUAAAAUGUGUAAUUCAUGUCAGUUUGUGUCAUUUUUAAAAGGUGAUUCGUAGCAACACGACAGGCUGUGAGUCUCUGUGUCCAUGUUGUUCAGCAUGUGAAUGUGUUGUCAGUGCUGAAAAGUAAUUUAAGAAACGUUGCUCAAUAAAGUCAUACUCUUGUAAUGAGCCGUUUUAAUUGGGA